AUGGCUAUCCGAUUGCCUAGUAUUACGCAUGCUAAGCAGAUCCUCCGACAAGGAAGUCUUUUCGCAAACCGAGCAGCUUCAACAUCUGCUAUAGGUGUUCCAAAAGGCUUCUUAGCAGUGUAUGUUGGAGAGAGUGAAAAGAAGAGAUACAUGGUUCCAAUUUCAUUCUUGAGUCGGCCUUCAUUCCAAGAGUUGCUAAGUAAGGCAGAGGAAGAGUUUGGAUUUGACCAUCCAAUGGGUGGACUCACAAUCCCUUGCAGAGAAGAAAUCUUCAUCAAUCUUACUUCUAGAUUAAAUGACAUGUGA